AUGUAUCUAUUCACCAUUUUAUCUUCCCUUAUUUGUAUUCAACUAAUAUCAUCAGUCAUAAGUGAUACAAGCGAUGCAAGUCAUAGUUCUCCAUCGAAUACUUUAAUUCAACCUGCAGCAAUAUUAGAUAAUGAAGAAAUUUUAAAUGAUAAUUUUGAUAGUGAUGAAGAAUAUGUUAAUGUUCCUCGAGCAGCAGAAUUUUUAAGAUUCGGUCGUCAAGCUCCAUCAACAUCAUCAGCUUUUCUUCGUUUUGGUCGUUCACAACCACAAUUUCUUCGAUUUGGUCGUAAUGGUCCAAAUGCAGGAGCAUUUCUUCGUUUUGGACGAGAAAACCCACAAUUAGCAUCAAGCAAUUUUCUUCGUUUUGGUCGAGAAGCUCAACAACCAGCUUCUAACAAUUUCCUUCGUUUUGGACGAGAAAAUCCACAAUUAGCAUCAAGCAAUUUUCUUCGUUUUGGUCGAGAAGCUCAACAACCAGCUUCUAACAAUUUCCUUCGUUUUGGCCGAGAAGCUCAACAACCAGCUUCAAGCAACUUUCUUCGUUUUGGUCGAGAACCUCAACAAGCAGCAUCGAGCAAUUUUCUUCGCUUUGGUAGAAAAGGAGAAUUUUUAAGAUUCGGUUAA